UCCCGACCGGCCCUACGUAUCCGAUACCUGCGUGCGGCCUCGAUUUUCUUUUCAUUUUCCCCACCACUACAACCACCACACCCCUCAUCUCCAAAUCCACUUCCAUCAGAGAAGCUCGGCCCCGUCCGCACACGCAUCACACGCAUCGUCGUCGUCGCUGUUGUCACGGGUAUCCAGAAAGAAGAAGAAGAUCCAACGAAGCACAACCAGCACAGCAUCAUCCUGCUGUCGUGCGUUCAACGUUUUACUCUCAAUCAUCUCUCUCUCUCUACCAUCCGCCGUCACCGUCACUGCGUUGUGUGGGCGCAUCUCUCUCAUUUAGGUUUAGGGGUUAAUCACAGUCAGUCGGCCGUCAGACAGGAGAUCCGAUCCUCUUCCGGACAAAGGAAACACAUAACCGUCGCCCUUUGCCUGCAAAAGAAUCCGACCUCCUCCGUCCGCCGUCGACCUACUUCGUUUUAGGCGUCGAGGAUAAUAGAAGAUUCAGUUCGUUGCACAGGCCACAGUGCAUCGCUUUACCAUCUCAUCAUCAUCUUGCCUUUAGCUGUCCCGGUUACGGUCAUCAAUUGCCGUGAGCUGUUCCAGAGUGAACUACCUGCGUUCCGACGUAACAAAAGGAAGACAUCAGUCACUUCGACAUUCGUCCACUGCCGCCUACCGUCAGGUCGUCAACGCAUCCGUCGAGCCACCGCGACACAUAUCCAAUCCUCUUGACGCAUCGUCGAUUGCAAGAUUUCGCAAGAGGUGCCUACCAAGAGUGUUUGUCAGGAAAGGAACAGAAGUGUUGGGGGAGACAUUAACUUGUUCAUCUCCCGCAUUUGAUCUGUUCGAGAACGCAGAAGUCCAAAUCUCAGACUCGCGCUCAGAUUUGAUUCAAGAUGGAUGCUAUCCAGACCCACCCGUCCAACGCCGCUCAGGCGAAGGCUUUCACUGCGCCCGGUUCCCUGUCCUUCCCCGGUGCGGCCGGCGAGCUUACGCCGCCCACGUCCACCGCGAACAGCGACAAGAGCGCCGCGAUCAAUGGAGCUAUCGGUGCGCAGGCCGCCAACGGCAAUGGGGUGACACCCGCAACCCCCGCGGCUACGCCCGCAGCGAACCAGGGUCCCACCAGUGGCAUGACCCCUACUCUACAGAACAUCGUCGCGACGGUCAACCUCGAUUGUCGUCUUGAUCUGAAGACGAUUGCCCUGCACGCGAGAAAUGCCGAGUAUAACCCCAAGCGUUUUGCUGCGGUUAUCAUGCGUAUCCGUGAGCCCAAGACCACUGCCCUGAUCUUCGCCAGCGGCAAGAUGGUUGUCACCGGUGCCAAGUCCGAAGAUGACUCGAAGCUUGCGUCGCGCAAGUACGCUCGUAUCAUCCAGAAGCUCGGUUUCAACGCCAAGUUCACGGACUUCAAGAUUCAGAACAUUGUCGGUUCUUGCGACAUCAAGUUCCCCAUCCGUCUCGAGGGUCUUGCUUCCAAGCAUCACAACUUCAGCUCUUACGAGCCCGAGUUGUUCCCUGGUCUCAUCUACCGCAUGAUCAAGCCCAAGAUUGUGCUCUUGAUCUUCGUCAGCGGUAAGAUUGUCCUUACCGGCGCGAAAGUGCGUGAGGAGAUCUACCAGGCCUUCGAAAUGAUCUACCCUGUGCUUCAAGAUUUCCGCAAGGUCUAAAGACUCUUUUCGAAAUCCGCACAUGGUGAUCAUUGUCAUGGUGCCGCAUGCAGCAACACCCCUCACACAACAUGUCGACAACUGUAAUUAUACCCACAAAAACACCUAUCAUGAUUUCACGACGAAUCUCACCCAUACCCAAAAAACCGAAAAUCACUUUCUUGCGACUCGCGGUUUGCGUCUACUACGACCAUCAAACGGAGUUCGACGCUUGAGUCGACAGGGAGAACCAUUGUAUCAAUGUCCUGUUUAUUUUCUUGCGGUUACGUCAUCAUUUUAUUUUCUUCAGCAGCAUUGCAGCGGCGUUCAGGUUCGACAAAGAAGGAAGAAAGAGCGGUAUUCUUGCUACGUUAUUUUAAGUCGGGGCGGUCAUUUCCCUCUCGGCGAUUCCUAAAACAGCCAUAGAGCAGAUCGCGCGUUGGGGGAAGAAAAGGAGAGUGGUCAACUGUAGUGUUGACUGGCGACACAAACACCGCGCGCUAGCGGGUUGAUGUUGUCGGCGGCAAUGUUGCGCAGGUCGAUUGCCGUUCACACCCUUUUUUUUUUU